ACAGUUCAAACGAAAUUCAAUAGUUGGGUGCUACAAUUCAGAGUUAUAAAUAAUAAUAAUGGCAGAAGAAUUACAAAAGGUUCAUUUGUAUUACGAUGAUAUUAACAAAAUCAGAGUGAUAGAAACUAGCGUCCUCAAAGAAACUGAGGACCUGAAAGAUACUUGCAAGGGCUACGAUACAAAAAUUCAAGACUUCGGGAAGAUUAUUAACACGUUAUUGGAGGUGCUAAAAGAGCUCGGUGAUAACGUAGAAAAGAAGAAAAUGGCAGCAAUAGGUUCGAUGAAUCUUUUGAAAUCAGUUUCGAAAGAGAAGGAAUCUGAGCAAGCUAAACUGCAAGCCGAAAUCAACGACAAGACAAUGGUUUUGGAACAGCUGGAUAGUGAGUAUGAUGCGCUCCAAAUUCUUGAAGCUACGCAGAUGGAAACUAUUGAAUAUUUAACGCAGAUCAGAUAAGAAGUUUCACAAGCUUUGUCCUGCUUUCAGCUCCAAUCAGCUGUCAUUGUUCAGGACGUCACCCUAUGUAAACAUCGCAUAUUCAUUGUUCUUUUGCCAUAAGUAUCACAAAAUGAUUGUACAAACGUCUCAAUCUUUAGUUGUGUGAAUGAAUCACAAGUAAUGUAAAUCGAACUGUGUUUACUGAUAAGUCUAGUUCCAGUGCAGGCGUGCGAAAUCUUUGUCUGUCUUUCUGUCUCUUGAAGUAUUUGUAGACAUGUAAAAUUUGACUAAAUUCUCACUACUGAAUUGGUUUAGAGGUAUGUUACAAGCUAAAGAACUUAAAAAAAAAA